CCUCAGCGGGCUUCCGUAGGUGACAGAAAACAACAUGGCUACUGUAGAUGUUGUAAGCGGAACACAUUGCUGGGGCAAAUAAGGUUUUUUUGGGUGAAAUAAGUGAAACCAGCAUAUCAGCUGCUGUCGGAGCAGGAGAAUUAACAAUGCCUCGAUACGCUCAACUAGUGAUGGGACCUGCCGGAAGUGGAAAGAGUACUUACUGUGCCACGAUGUUAGAGCAUUGUCAGGCCCUCAAUCGAUCUGUACAGGUGGUGAAUCUGGAUCCAGCUGCAGAACAUUUUGAAUAUCCUGUCAUGGCAGACAUACGAGAACUGAUUCACGUAGAUGACGUAAUGGAGGAUGACUCUCUGAGAUUCGGCCCCAAUGGAGGACUGAUCUUCUGUAUGGAGUACUUCGCCAACAACUUUGACUGGCUGGAGGAGAGUCUUGGUCAUGUGGAGGAUGACUACAUACUCUUUGAUUGCCCUGGUCAGAUCGAGUUGUACACACAUCUGCCUGUAAUGAAGCAGCUUGUGGAGCAAUUGCAGCAGUGGGAGUUUCGUGUGUGUGGAAUCUUCCUGGUUGACUCACAGUUCAUGGUCGAGAACUUCAAGUUUAUCUCUGGAGUUAUGGCUGCUUUGAGUGCUAUGGUGAUAUUAGAAAUCCCACAAAUCAACAUAAUGACCAAAAUGGAUCUACUCAGUCCAAAGGCUAAGAAAGAAAUAGAGAAGUAUCUGGACCCAGAUAUGUACUCAAUGAUGGAGGACAACUCUGUAUCUUUGAGAAGCAAGAAAUUUAAGAAACUAACCAAGGCCAUAUGUGGUUUGAUUGAUGAUUACAGCAUGGUUCGUUUCCUGCCCUUUGACCGCACUGAUGAAGAGGGUAUCAGCAUUGUCCUGCAGCACAUUGAUUUCUCCAUACAAUAUGGUGAAGAUCUGGAGUUUAAAGAGCCCAAGGAAAUCGAUGGGGAACCCAGUAACACAAAUUUUGACGAGUUCUUCCAAGACCGAGAUGAUUCUUGAGCAAGGACAGAGAUCACACUGUGUUUUGUGUUACUGUUAUUCUUGUCAUUAGUUGAAGGAUGCAACCAUAACCUGUGCAAUGCCGCAAUCUUAGCAGUUUCAUAAAAUGUGUGGUAAUCCAUUUUUUAGAAGUGCAUAUUUAUUUUUGCAAUAAAAAAAUAUGGAAA